CUGAAGACGCGACGCGUCUGCCGAAACGUUUAAGGAAAAGCGCCGAGCAUAAAAUCUGAAAAUUAUUCAAAUAAUUCAUAUUCGAAACACUCAACGCCGAAGACUGAAAGCCGUAAUCAAAACACUGAACUCAGAACGCUAAAAAACGGGUAUUAAAAGCUGUUUAAAUGUUAAGUGAAGUCCUUAUAAACGCGAGUUAUUACUAACCUUUUUAUUCCGCCUAAUUGAAUAACCAAUACCCGCAUAAUUAGCGGGGCGAACAGAACAAAAAAAAAAAAACCGAGACUGAGUACUAAAUGUAAAAAAAAAAGAUAAAUACAAAUCAACCAUAGGCGCGCACACAAACAACGCCAAACGGAAGCUGUAUUCCUGUGUGCGUGAGCUUGUGUGUGUGUGUGUGCGUGAGAGGUCCUCCCGAGCUGGGGAACAUCAUAAUCAUCUUUAUCAGCUGGAGCAGCUUCAUAUCCUUGGUGGUCGCCAGUGCUGUCGUCAUCGUUGUCUCAACCCGGCAUAAAUAUUUAUGUUGACGAAUCUACCUGCGGCAGAGCGUCGCUAAUGAAGCGGGCGAAAUGAAAAUGAAAGGACAUAAUUAUGCUUAUGUUUUACGUGUUAAGUGCUUGGCAAGCACGAUUAAGGCGCUUUAUCACCCGCAACAACGGCAGCAACACGAACGACAAGCACGCCAGCAACAGCAGCAGCAGCAGCAGCAGCAGCAACAGCAGCAACAUCAGCAGCAACACAGUCAACAGCAACAGCUACGACGGCAGCAACAUCAAAAGCAGCAGCAGCAGCAAGCCAUCCGGCUGUAGUCACACACAUUGACAC